AUGGUUAUGAACAAAAUUGACCCCAGAUCCCCAGAUCCCGAUGAUUCUACCGCCUAUUCUGGCACAACACCCUCUGAAACGACCGUUGAUAACCUCGACGGAUCUGACAAUGUCGAUCUGAGCGUCCCCUCCGCCCCUUGGCCCGGAUCCACCUAUAUCAUCCGCUCCACCUCAUGCGGACGCUUCCUCUCGCUGGUUGACGGGAAUGUUGUGCUAGCCCACCAGAAUGGCCGAAGCUCUAUACGCUGGAAGUGCGCAGAUCGAGAAGGCUGGCUCGGCUUUAAGAACGAAGCCUCCGGCAAGUGGCUAGGCUACAAUGGCGACGCAAUACGCUGUUCGGCCGGGGAACACAAGGCACGUGAGAGUUUUGUCGUCCGUCCGAGACCAGAGGGAGGCUAUGUCUUGCUAGUGACCUCUUGGGAGAACCUCUGGGCUGUGGGGGUUAAGAGGGUGAAGGAAGUGGAGACGUUAGCGACAAUCAACAGAGGAGUAUCCCGCGGCCUCAUUUGGGAUUUUGUCGAAGUUUGA